AUGGAUGAAUGCUUAGACGAAUACAUUGAAACCGCCCAAAACACACUACAACUGCUGAGAGAAUUAGUUGAUGCUAUCGCAGCACACCAUAACAGAUGUAAUGGAGUCAAAGUCGUAGGCACUACGGCUUCAGUUGCUGGUUCGCUGCUUACCGUCGGAUGCAUUAUUGCAGCACCAUUCACUGGUGGAACCUCCAUUGUUGCCCUUACUGGUCUGGGUUCAGUUACAGCUAUGGCAGGAGCGGUUACCAACUUAGGAACAGACGCUGUUGAUAUGAUUUGGACAAAGAAGUACCAGUCGGAUUUAGUUGAAAUUGAUAAACGACUACAAUGUGUUGCAGAAGAAUUUGCUUGGUACAUGAAUCAAAUUGAAGCUGAAGCUGCUCGAAUUUUCAUAAAAACUGGGAAUGAGCGAGCAGCAAUUGAAGAAGCUUUCCAAGUAUUAGUAGCCACUGGAAACAUAGGUUUUAAAGGUAAGCAAGUUAGGGACAUAGGUAAGAAUAUGGGGCGAACUACUGGAACCACAAUGUUACGAAAUGGAGGCAAAGUGUGGAAGGGUAUGCGGGUUAAUUCUAAUUUACUCAUGUCUGCAUGCAGGAAAAUGGGCUUGGAUAUUUCAAAACGAGCCGCGUUCAAUGUGGUGAAGGGUGCUACAGUCGUUGUCGGUGCAGUUUUUAUUGUCUGGGACAUAAAGUCUUUGGCUGAUAGUCUUACUAGUGAUCAUCCUGCUGCCGAACCUGUGAAGAUGCAAAUUAAAAACAUUGAGCAACUGUUGGAGAACUUGAAAGAGCUGAGAAACUCUUUUUACGAGGAAGACGAUGACUAA